AAUUUCAGGAAGACUGUCUUAUAUGGAAACAGUUUUUCCCUGACAAAAAUGUUUAUGGUAAAAGAGGAAAAUUUACAUUAGAGAAGAUGAAUUUUCAAGAUGCUGUAGAAGAAUUCUUGAACGGAGCAGUAAAGGACUCGGAUGCAAAGUCAAGUAGAAUACAAAAACUCACUGAUGAUUUGGGCAAAAAGUCUAAAGAAAAGCAUGACACAGCUGUAAGGAAAAUACUGACCAGUGCAGAACCUGUAAGUCAGUCAAGCAUACCAAUGAAGUCAGAUUGUCAAGGUAGUGAUGGUUAUAGUUCAGACACAGAUGUUGAUGACCCUGAUAAGGAAGAUAUUGAUACUGAUGAAGAGAAAUUGCAAAGGACAACAACACAGAAACACAAGGUAACAAGGAAACGUGUAAAGCUCCAUGAACAAUUUAAUGACUCACAAGAUAGCUUGUUUAAUGAUAGUCUUGAAGCUGAGCUAUAUUCGACAGAUAAUGCAAGUAAAAAGCAAAAGGUGAUAACAGAAAAACCAAGGAAGAGUUUAAAGGAGAGAGGUUCCAAUGGUAAAACAAUUCAUUCUUUGCCUGAAGUUUCAUCAUCAUCAAAUGCUGUUGGAGCUGACACACAACAAAUAUCUAUUGAAGAUAUAUUCUAAAGUUACCUAAUUUAUUAGGAUACUGUGUAUCCAGUCUUAAGAUUAUUCCUUUAUGGGUACUAAUCAGUUAUCCAACCCAAAUAAUUGUAGAAUACCUUUACUCAUGCAUCAAAAGUUUACUGCAUCCAGAUUUCUUGAUGCUUACCCUGUUUAAAACCAAUCAGUUUGCAAUUGUGGAGAAUUGUAGAGAUCAUGGUAAUUAUGCAAUGCACAUCACUGCCAAUAUACAUAAUAAUUAUGGAUGCCAGUUUUUAAGAAUGGUUUUGUUUUACAACUAAGAGAUUUAUAUGUAUGUUAACCAUAGGGUGGUAGUGCCGUCAGUGUACUUCAUGCAGUUUGUUUUACGAUGAAGAGAUUUAUACAAUGAAGAGAUUUAUAUGUAUUUUACCCAUAGGGUGGCAGUGCCGUCAGUGUACCUCAUGCGGGCACUGUAGCAUUACUCAAGGUUCUUUGCAGCAUGCCUUCAGCCCCUAGCUGCAACCUCUUUUAUUCCUUUUACUGUACCUCCUGUCAUAUUCUCUUUCUUCUAUCUUACUUUCCAGCCUCUCCUAGCAGGUGUUUCCUAGUGCAACUGCGAGGUUUUCCUCCUGUAACGCCUUUUAAAUCUUUUUGCUGUUAAUUUCUUUUUCAGCACUGAAUGACCUCACUGGUCCAGUGUAGCCUUUGGCCUAAAUUCUAAAUGUAUUUUAGAUGAAAAGUUAUAAGCAUUUGGAUACUCUUUUAUAAGAAAUGUACUAUAGCUAUCAUAGUUUUAAUAUAAACAACUUUGUUAGUUACAAAACUGUCAUGUACUAAACUUUGAAAACCCGAAUCAUAAAAUUUUACAGAACUUAAUAAUAAAGUUAUUUUUUGAUCUUU